UUCUGCCAACUCAUAUGGAAGGAUUGACCAACAUGAACUUUGUUUUUUAGUUUGCAUAGUUGGUUACAGUGAAGUUAGCCCAUCUAAUGGAGAAAAUGAAGGAAAUGGGGGUGGAGUGAAUGAAGGUAGUCAAGAUGAAGAGGACAUUGUGAAUGAUGAUGAUAACUGCUUUAUGGAGGAUGAUGGAAGAGGGCAGUGUAGUAAUGGUAAUAAUGGAGGAGAACAAGGAAGCGAUGAAGCUUCAGAUAGCUCAAGUUCAUCAUCAUCACAUGCAGACCCAAUAUCUGAUGAAUCAAGUAUAUGUAGUGGACCUAGUGAAAAAGAGCACCAUCAUGAUGACACAAAACCUGCAGCAGCAAGUAUUGAAAAAGCUAAAUGGUAUAUAAUAGCAACUUUUGGUGAUGAAUGUGAAAGUCAAGUAAUAUUUGCUGCUACUAAAAGGCUAAAUGCUCUCAUUGAGUAUAUCAAGAAAUACCAUAAUGAUAAGAAAAAACUUCAAGAUGCCCCCUUUCAAUUCGAAAAGGACAAAAGUUACAUUGAACUGAUUUUUGAUUCAGAACAAAAACCUCAAGAUAUUAAAGAAUGGGUUGUGACUCCCUUAAUUACGCCUUGCAAAUUUUUCCAACAACAUAUUAAUGAUUUUGGUGAUAAAAAAGAUUCUUUUCCUCCAUCUUGUUUGGUGUAUGCUGAUCCAUUAUGUGAUGCUGUACCUGUACUUAGGUAUAGUGUACCAGUAAAAAAUGUGAUUGAACCCUUCAGCUUACUUAUUUACAAAAGAAGAGAUCGUAGUACCUCCUCCUCCUCUAAUACAAUUACUGAAGUUACUGCAGUAUCAUCCAAUGGAGGAGCUAGUGUACCAGCCAAUGUUGUUAUUGAUGUUGAUAAAGUAAAGAAAGUGAUCAAUGAUGUUCUUGUCUCUCACCAUGCUCGCCUUAAUUAUCUAAAGACCUCUCUAUCAGAUCUUGCUAAUCAGUUAUAUGAAGUUGGUCUCAUUAAUGAUGAAGUCAGAGAGACUUGUAGCAUGGACAAGUUCAUUGCAGAGUUCAAGGCUAGUUUCCACUUCCUUGAUGAUAUGUCUGAAGUUCAAGAUCACUGUAAGAAGUUUUUGAACUCAUUCAUUGCUGUUAGAGGCAGUUAUAUUAAUGCUGCUAAGUUUUUACGUCAGAAAUGGACUGAAGCUAUUAAAACUGAGCUUGGGAUUGAUUUCAUUAUUGAUUAGAUUUUUGCAUUUCCUGUUGCUUUUGUUUUAUGAGGAAUUUAUGGCUCACUUUCCUUUUUAAAA